AUGCGUCUUCUACACGACAAGGUUCAGACCUGCACCUCCUGCACGUCAUCCAGCAGUGUGAAACCAACCUCCUACGACGCACCAAACGACAUUAAAAUGACAACCAACGACAGCCACGACAAACUGGUGGCACCCAUGGCUCCAAUGACACCUCUUCUACCCACAGAGGCCGAAAAGGCCGAAUUUGUGACCCCUAUGGAGAUUGGUAUCGAGCUGCAGAGCCAGCUGGAAGAACUCCAGAAGAAGCUGGCAGUGAUGGAAGGCGAGCUCGGGACGCGAAUCGAGUCGUUUGAACACACGCUCCUGUCGAUCGAAAACGCCAUCAAGGAAGAAGGGCCAAGUGGCGGCUCCACCACGGCUCUUGGCGUGAAUGGAAGUGGAACCAGCAGUGCAGAAGACGAAGAUAUCUUUUCCGACGCUGCCGAAGACGACAAGGGCUUUCCCCACCCCGAUGAGAGCCCCAUUCCUGGCUUUACUCAAUAG